CUUAGUACUACUCCUUCUUCUAUAAAUGUUUCUUUUCUAGAGAUUACCAACCAUGCACACUCUCCUUCUCUCUAUGAUCUCUAUAAUCUCAAACAAGUAAAGAAAAGAAUUCCUCUCUCUCUCUCUCUCUCUCAAUCUCUAUCUAUCUAUCUUAUCUCUCUGUGUGACACGCAUAUAUAUCUCCCUCUCUUCUUCCUCACCAUCUCCCCCUCUGUUUUCAUGGGUUUCUACAACCUCUUAAUCUCAAUCUUGAAUGUUAUAAUUCUUGUGCUUUCUCUUUUCUCCAAUGAGUUAGGCUUCAUCCAACAUGUUGAAGCCUUAGGCAUCAACUAUGGCCAAGUAGCCAACAACCUACCAUCACCGGACCGAGUUAUUGGCCUUGUGAGUUCUCUGAACAUCACAAAGAUAAGGAUAUAUGACACCAACCCACAAAUCCUUUUGGCAUUUGCAAACACCGGCAUCGACAUCAUUGUCACGGUCCCGAAUGAGGCCGUCCCACAACUAACAAACCGUCAACAAGCAAUGCAAUGGCUUCUCUCCAACGUGAAGCCUUACUUACCAGCAACAAAAAUCUCCGGCAUCGCAGUAGGGAAUGAGGUUUACACAAGUGAUGAUCAAACACUCAUGGUAAACCUUGUCCCUGCCAUGACAAGCAUCCAGGAAGCCUUAGUCCAGCUUAAUCUAGAUUCCAUCAUCCAUGUAUCCACAUCCAAUUCCCUUGCAGUGCUUGCAAACUCCUAUCCUCCGUCCUUAGGGUCAUUCAGGCAGGAUAUAGGGCCCUUAAUGGCACAAUUCUUGCAGUUCUUGGCCACAACUAAAUCCCCAUUCUGGAUCAAUGCCUACCCUUACUUUGCUUACAAGGAUGACCCUCUUAGGGUCCCCUUAAACUAUGUGUUAAUGAACCCUAACAACGGGAUGGUUGAUCCUUACACCAAGUUGCACUAUGACAAUAUGUUGUAUGCUCAGGUAGAUGCAGUGACCUUUGCCAUGGCUAGAAUGGGGUAUGGAGGGAUAGAGGUUAGAGUAUCGGAGACCGGCUGGCCGUCGAAAGGUGAUGUUAGUGAAGUUGGUGCUACAAGGGAGAAUGCUAGGGUUUACAACAUGAACUUGGUGAUGAGGCAGUUCAGGAAUGAAGGGACACCACUGAGACCAAAACAACGGUUGGAGGUUUACUUGUUUGCAUUGUUUAAUGAAGACUUGAAGCCAGGACCUACUUCUGAGAGGAACUAUGGACUGUAUGAGCCUGAUGGUACCAUGACCUACAACCUUGGCCUUACUACCCUUAAAUCUGAUGUCCCUGCUGCUUCCUUAUCUUCUUCUUCUGCUUCUCAGGGACAGAAAAGGAAGGAGAGUGGCAUGUUGUGGAUUCUGAUAUGCACAUUGAUUUUUCUCAAGCUUUAUUAAUGAGGAGGCCCAUCCUCUGAAUUUGGCUUUCCAUUCACUCUUUUUAUUCUCUUUUGGCAAGCCAUGUACCCCUUGCUUUUAUGAUGCUUUGUUGUUCUUAUGAAAGAACAUGGGGAGCUUCCAAAGUCCAAUUUGGUGGAAACCAAUAAGAAGACGAAUGCUUUGCAACAUGAAGAAAGCAAUACAAGUGACACGCAAUAUUAGAUUUUCUUUUCACUUCAUUAGAAUUUUUACUACAAAUUUAAUUAUUAUGUACUUUAGGAGGUUAAAAGUUUCUAAAAAAAA